AUGUCGGGGUUGACUUUUGGGGUGGUGGACGAGGACUACCCUAUUUUUUUACUUUUUUUACUUCUCUUCCAGGUUGAUGUCACAAAAAUUGAUAAUUUGGCAAAUAAUGGACAUCUAAUCGGCGAGUUACGCUUAAAACCGCUAUCUAAAACAACCUUUUUGGGGUAUGGACCCGAUUUUGUUGCUGGACAGGAAUGGAUAAGUACAGGGUAUUUUUUGGAAAUUUCUUGCUCUUAUUGGCAAUCCCGGAGAAUUGGGGUCCCUGCGAAAAAAAAGUUUAAAAAUAAGAAAAAGGAUUUUUCUAGGGUAAAAAAACAUGCUGAUUACGAAUCCGAGCUCAGAUUUUGA